GAUGAAUGCACGAGGGAUAAGAAGGAGAGAUUGACCAAAAUUGAUACGCUGUUGGAAGAGAAGAAGAAGGAGCUUGAUGAAGCUUGUCAAAUGAAUUUGGCAAGGAAGGCUGAUAUAGAGCAGUUGACGAAAAAUUUAGAAAGGAAUGUCAGUGAAUUGGAUUCUCUUCGUUGUGAAUUGGAGGCAAAGAAGGCCGAAUGGCAAGAAGAGAAACGAAUGUUGCAGGAAAGGUGCUUGACUGUGGAAAGUGAUCUUGAAUGUGAACGUGAUCGAGCUGCGAUAAACAAAAAGAACUUCGAAGAUGUCCAGACCGGCUUACAGGAGUUGGGUCGAGUUAACCAGAAUUUACAGAUGGAUUACGCGAGACAGAUGUCACGUAAAUGGUUGGAUGAUUCGGAGGUGACAAACUGCCACGCGUGUAACAAGCAGUUUACACUGACAGUUCGAAAGCAUCAUUGUCGGCAGUGCGGGCAGAUCUUUUGCGCCACAUGUUCAUCAUUCACUGCACAGGUUGCUUCAUCCAAGAGUCCAGUUCGUGUAUGCAGUGCCUGUAAUGAAGAAAUUAUGCAUCGGUAA